AUGACCAGACUUUCAGAAAUUCGUAGUGACUCACGUGCUUCCAAUCCUCCGGACCCCGUCGAGCGGCAUGUGGCCAAAUGGCGUAGUGAAAGUCGUAUCAGUAACAAAGUGUUUCGGAACGACGAAGAACCUAGUCAACAAGAUGAGAUUGUCAGCGAUACACUGAACGCUUUAAAAAACGACGUCGAACAAACAACGGAAGUGAUUAGGAAGCGACAACAACAAAUGCGAAUAGAACGUCGUCAGUUUCAAACGGAAAUGGAAGUGACCGGUAGGGUUUCGGUUUCACCGACCGAUGAAUGGCUAAGUACAAGACUAAGGACCGUUUCUACGGAGGACAUGAGUCGCGAGCUCGGUAAAAUCAAGGAGGAUCAACGUCAAAAUGCUGUCACCGAUACUCUAGCUGCACUAGUCUAUGAUGUGAACGCCACAGCUGAAGUUCUUAGACGAGGUUCACUUAAGAGAGGAAAAGAUGGCAGAAGAUCUACACAUAAAGAGGAAAUCGAAUAUCGUCUGCGACUUACGCCUGCUCCCGAAGCCCAGCAGCACCCAUUUCCUACGCCUAAGCCAAGACAAGUGCCAGAAGAGAAAUAUACGGUUGAUGAGGUAUCACGUGACUAUGGUGUGGCUUUGAGUGAGAGUCAAACAAGCAGCUUUCGUCGCAAGCGCGCGCGGUCGGAGACGCCAAGAAGAACGCUGCAAAUUGAAAAGCAAAAUUACCAGCUUUUUGCUCGAAUACUUCAGGGUUCACCACCGCCGUCUGCACCAGUGGUUUGUGCAUACUGUAGCGAGGAGAUUGACGGUCCUAUUUUGACAGCUCUGGCACCAAAUUCCGAGCGAGCUCAAAAAUUCCACACCUAUCAUUUCAUGUGCUGCUAUUGUCAAAAGGCUUUAAAUAUGCAUGGAACAUUCAGAGAACACGAUAGAAAACCGUAUUGUCACGAUUGCUUCUACAGGUGA